UCAAAGGCAACAAAACACAACACAACCAAAUCACAACAUCCGUUUCGUUCGAACUUCGAAUUAUUGAUAAAAACUGAUAAGAAUUAACUAGGGUUUAAAGUGCUUUACUCUUUACAACUAAGUAUAAAUUCAUCAAAUGCAUAGAGCGCACGCGUAGACUGAUACAUACCUAUUUGAUUUAAUGAAUGUAUUAAUAAGUUAUAAAUGGGUGUGCAAAGUGAUAAAGUGUUAGAAGUUGUAGCAGGCUGGGAAGCUGUGAAAUUAGUGUUAAGAUGUGCUUUUUUAGGCCUAUGGCAGAUAAUAAAUUUAGCGGUUCGAAGGUUAUGGAAAGGGCACCGGAGAAAACUAUCCAAGAACUAUCCGCCUGUCGAACUUACAGUGGAUUCCUCCAUCGGCAUACAUUGUUACAUCAAAAUAAUGGGAGUCAAAUAUCAUUAUGUUGAAACUGGUGUUAAAAGCGGCAAGAAAGUUCUAAUACUUGGAGAUGCGCCUGACACUGGUGAUCUGUGGGUGCCCAGAUGGGCUGCAGUCGUCAGACGUCUAGCUGAGACUGGUCAUCACGUGAUAACUCUGGAUCUAAGAGGAACUGGAGGCAGUGAAGGAGGUGGGAGGAGUGAUCUAUCCCCACCGAGAGCCGUGGAGGAGUUAAGAGCUUUGUUGCUGGCUCUUGGGGCUUCAGAUAGUAAUCCAGCAAUGGUGAUUGGCUUUGGCAUUGGUGGUAUGAUGACCUGGUACUUGGUGCACUGCCAUGGCGCGCUGGUCAGCAAGUUUGCCGUGAUAGCCGCGCCUCAUCCCAACCUGUACUGGCAGCACCCGCCCGCCGCCUUCUGCCUCGGCUCCACGCACUUCAUACAGUGGCCGCACUUCCCCGAGCGCUGGCUAGCUGAGGGCGCGCUACAGGACGGCACGCAGUGGGCGAGCUCGCGCGCGCGCGACUGGAGCGGCGCGCUCAACUAUGUCAGAGGUGCAGCCUGGUACCGUAUCCACCCAGAACACAAGAUCCAGGUCCGGGGCCUGUUGGUGGGGUCACGAGACAGUGCAGCACAGCUGGUGGCGAGCGCGCAGUUCUGCGUCAGUCCCGCGCUGAGGCUGGUCACCUCACCAGGCCCGGGGGACAAAGACCUGCCGGGUAUGGUGCUGGACUUCUUCGUGGGUAAACAAAAGGCCACCGAGGAAGUGGUGUCCCGGGGCUUGAUGGGCAGAGUCCUGGGGGCAGUGGCCGACAGAGGGCGGGAGCUCACCGCGCGACUGGCUCUACCAGCCAAUGCGUGAUCAUUACUCAUUAGAUUUUAUAAGUUAUGCUUAGUUAUUAGUCUAAGAUCCCACAUUACAAAUAUAUACUCUCAUCUGUUAUUAGUAAGUGAUAAUAAAUAAAUGAUAGUUAAUAUUGACAGUGUUUGCAAAUAGGUUUCCUAGUGAAAUUGCAGCCAGACACAUUUUAUAUACAAAAUCUAAAAAACAUUCUUUUAUUUGACUCAACUGUUUAUAUCUGGCAACCCCACAAUUGCAGUUUGAGAGCAGGCAACUUUACGUUUUUUAAUUCUAUUGGGUGUAUUCUUUAAAUAGUGUACGAUUUUUUUUAUUAACCAAUGAGGGAAGUAAAAUAAUAAAUUUAACUACGUAAUCCACAAUUUUACUGGGCAACCAUUUUGCAAUGUGUCAAUGAGGAUACCUAUCGGUUAUUUCAUAUCCCAAACAAAUAAUAGAUGAGGGUAUAUAUUUCUUAUGCCGGAUCUCGUCCUAUAUCGAGUAGCAUCAAUAUAUUGGUCUGGCUAUCGGUGCAUUAAGGUCAUAACUCAUUAGAGCCACCCGGCAACGAACCAGUAUCGCCUCGCCUCUAAGACUUUUAUUGACACUAUGUAAACUUUGAUGCGUAUAGUGAUUCUAUUCAGAGGAGGCUAUGCAGGUCGGAUGCUGAACUUGAAAGGACCAUCAAAUAUCUAUAUUAUCUGUUAGUUCAGUAGUCAGUAAUUUAAAAAAAAACCAUUCGCUUAGCUUAAAUUUGGCUUGGCGCGCUGCCGCGUGUCUCGAUUCGUUACAAAAAGUAAAUGUAAAAAUAAAUCAACUGCUACUGACUCAAUAAUACUCUUUUAACUUUUAACUCUCAAUUAUUUUAAUAUUUACAAUUUGGUAAAUUGUAUUAUUUAUUUUCACCUUCACUUACAUUGUCUAGUGUCUAUGUACUAUUCAUGUUGUCUAUUCCUAUUUAUAUUUCUAGUAUAAAUACGUCAGAAAUAGGCGAAUUCGCAUCCAUAUUUCGAAGGUGCUAAAAUAGACUGAUUUUUCGCUGUAAAUAAAAACAUGAGAUUAUAAAUUAUUUAUAAGUAUAUGUUAGUUGUGUAGCAUUUUUGUAACAGAUUUUGUCAAUCAAGGAUUUUGUUGUAUUAAUUGUUAAAAUGUUGCCAUAUAAAUAUUUUUUUUUGCCAUAUUUACAUACGAUUAUAUACGCUAUAUUUUAUUUUUUAUUGUCUCGCGGCCCCAGUUUAUAUUGAAGAUACGAAUAUUAGUUUUAUAUUAACAUACUAAUUAUUUGUAAUUUUUAUAUUUGAUGUAAAUAAUUUUAAACCUACUAUAGUUUAAUAUAGUGGAGAAAUAAAAUUAUAUUAUUUUGUAUA